ACAGGCAAACAAAUAGUCCGCCAAAAAAUCCUGCAACGGCAGUUUUUUUUCCCCAUUCCUAGAGUCUGUCCUCUGGUUGUUCCCAGUCCUUCGCCAACCAAGAAACUGAGUCAGGGCAACUUUAAGAUUCUUGAAGAGGCAGGUCACCUUUAAACUCCCCAUCUCAAUUACGCGCCAUCGAUUUGUGGCUAUUUUGGAAUAUUUGCCUUUCACCUAUUUGUGUUAGAAACAAGAUGUUUGCCGGUGAAAUCAUUUAGGUAACAUGCACCUCCAAAAAACAUUCUUCCCGCAAUGUCUUCGGUGGCGUCAGAUGAACUGCGGCUGAAGGCGGCAAGCGAGGUCAUGACACGCACAACUGUUGCGCUUUGGCAUUCGCAUGUGCGCUAUAAAACCGCUACAAGUAACACUUCUCGUUUCACGGAGUCCAUCCAAUGGCCUCUCCACUGAUGACGUGAUGUCAUCUCCUACCCCCACGGCAACAAGAUGCGCUUCUGAAACUUGAGUGAGAACACUGCCGGCUGCGUGGCUGCGAAAGACUCAUGAUGCUAGACUCGCUGACUUAUCUCCUGGAGAGAGUUUUUAUGCUCGCGCAUUUUAACAUUUUUAGUCUGAUCCCUUCAGAAAAAGAGAAGCCCGAAAAGUGUUGUGAAGCCUCUACCCGGGUGCUGCAGAGAGGGGAUCUUCUGGAGGUCCCUCGCACUUUAUUUACCCAUUUCGGAAUCUAUUUGGGGGACAACAAAGUCGCACAUUUAAUACCGGAUAUUAUGCCCGUGCUGACGAGCGAUACGCGUCAAAUACAGAAAAUGGUAACGAACAAGAGAUUGCUGUUGGGAGUGCUUUGUAAGAAGGCUACUGUUCGGGUCGAUUCGGUCGAGGACUUUGCGUAUGGUUCACCUAUCCUAAUUAACAGCAUGGACCACAGCAUGAAAGAAAGGCCGUUAGCUAACGAAGAAGUUGCCGGCAGAGCAGAAAUGCUUAUUGAUAAAGUUCCAUACAGCUUGAUGUGGAACAAUUGCGAGCAUUUUGUUACCUAUUGCAGGUACGGAUCAGCCGUAAGUUUACAAACAGAAAAGUUCCUAGAGUUCCUGAAGUCCAUUAUUCGGGACCAGAGGAGUGUCCUUCUCACAGCUUUCUUGGGACUUGUGUCCAUUGGUUGCGUGGGAAUUGCGCCUGCCACAACUCUCCCAGCUCUCCUUAUCCCAUUCACAUUAUGGAUGGCGAGUUAAUAGACUUGUUUCAAGUCAUAAUGUAAAUGCUUCCAUGAAGAGAAUGUGUACAUAGGUGAACAAUGAAUGAAGUUAUGUUUGACGCACUACAUGAGCAUGACUUGUAGUUAUGAAUAGUAGGCUACAGAGUAAAAAUGUGUAUUACAAUUGUUUAGACUGAACUAAACUUGUAACCUGAUGUACACAGUCUGUUAUUUUUUUAUGUAUUUUCUCCACUGGUUAUAUUUUGUCUUUUUUUAAUUAAAAUACAGUUUAUACA